AUGAAGAUGAAGGGUUUAAUGGAACGCUUCCUCACGCGGAAUAUUCGAGAGCCGCCUGAAAACGGACAUCAAUACAGUAAAAUUGAUGUGGAUACAAUCCCUUUCAUCAGUCUCCACGAGCACACUGACGAAGCUGACACAUUUGCCGAUUCGCUAAGUCAUAAGUUGGAUAUCAACGAUACAGCUUCGAUUAAUACGGAAACGCAAAGUGAUGGUUCGUCGAUCAUCACCAGAAGUCGCCGAAGAACGUCGACUUUUCUUCCAUUUUAUGAAGAUCCGAAUGCAAUAAAGCCAGAGUUUAACUGUUUUCCACAAAACUCGGAUCUCCCAUUUUGGAAGGAAACCCAAAGAAGAAUAUUUUCAUGGACAACUGGAGAUGACGACAAUCAGAUCUCGCCAGAAACAGAAAAGUCGAACCAAAUGAUUUACAUGGCUGGAUUGGUGGAUGCAAUGUUAGAAGAAGCUCGAUGGAGAUGUCAAGUGGCGUCCGAUCCAGAAACUGCCGAACUACUGGCUGAGAUUGACGCCGAUUAUCGCUGUGGUUUAAUUACUUCACCUAACAACUUGAGUGGAACAAGUGAUCUUACUUUGACGGAAGAACGCGAGGAAGAUGAGGUUCGAGCUACUGUCGUCGAUAAUGGAACCUUCUACAUUAAUCGAAAUCCCAACUCAAGCAAAAGUGUGACAAGUGUUCGAUCAAGUACUUGUGGUGUAGAUGACGUUGUUUUGAAAAGAGACGUUGGAAUGACCACAUCCGAUCUUGUCACACAAGCCAUCGAAUGUUUCAUUUCAAGAAAUGAGGUCAGUGAUGCACAUGUGAAGAAAUGGAUGAACGAUGUAUUGGCAAUGCCCGAAAAAUUACUUUCUGAUGAUUCAACGACUACAAAUUUUGAUCCACCAACCCUCAACAAAUUAUGCGAUAUCUGGAUUUUCAAUCUACAUCCCACACACAAUAUCAAAGAUCUCCUCGAUGAGCAAGGAUGGAGAUGUGCGGAUUGUGGGAAGAAAAUCACUGGUGAAUACACAAAACGAGUUAGAUAUUGUGAUUAUUAUGGUCUUCUUUUUUGUCAGUGCUGCCAUCAAGGUGCAAAAAUGAAGAUUCCUGCGAGAGUUCUACAUCUUUGGAGCUUCAAAGAAAUGCCAGUCUCGGACAAAGCUUUCGCUUUCAUUUCACAGACACAUAAUCAACCGGUCAUUCACAUCAGACAUCUUGCUCCAAAGUUGAUCGAGCGAAUUAGGAUACUACGAACAGUGAUCACUCUUCGAGAAAAGAUCUCUCAUAUGUGGAAUUACAUUCAAACAUGUAUGGAUGCUGAAGAAACGGUGACAAGGAUUGGAAAUCUUCGAUCCAUGUUCUCAUCUCUUGAUCGACACUUGUUAUGCGAAGAAUCGGAUCUCUUUUCGCUCUCCGAUUUGGAGAAAGUCUACAAUGGGGAGCUCGUCAACCUUUUGGAGCCAAUUGUUCAAUACGGGAAAUGUCACAUUGAAAAGUGUGAGAAAUGUCGGGCGCAGGCAUUUGUCUGCUCUCUUUGCAACAACGACUCCGAUCUUCUCUUCCCCUUUCAGAUGGAACGUGUGGCCCGCUGUGAACAAUGUGGUUCUCUGACACAUAUGAAAUGCGAUGUGAAAAGGCGAAAAGCUGAACAAUCAUGCCCAAAAUGUACACGAAUCGAUCAAGCUAGAAAGUUGGAUGAUUAUACGAAAGAAUUAGACACGACAACGACGUCGCAUCAUCAGCGUUCAAGACGAUCUCGUAGCGUGAAUUCAAAAAAACGCAAAAAUAUUCAAUUACUUCCUUAUCGAUUUGCCUUCAUAUUUAGCACAACAUAUUUCUUUCAACUGAUUUGUGAUAUUCCCAAAUUUUGU